AUGAGAGCCAUCAACGCCAGUAUAGUACAUACUGCCGUACAGCUCUUUCACCUCGGUGGGCCUGAUUUCGAUGCUCAGAAACAUAUCGCAUACAAGACCGAGCCUAAGGUCCUGACCAUGAAGGACAUUGGAUAUGCGGAUGAUACUGGCGUUUCUCCCGUAGCUGUGUCCCAUCCCUUCCAGUUGUUCUCAUCGGAGGCGGUCCAGCAGAUGCGGGCCGAAAUCUUCAAGCGCGAAGUCAUGGAGAACUGUAGCUUCAGCAGCAAUAUAGCUGCGUGUCAGCUCCGUGGAUACGCCCCGAAGUAUGCCCCGUUCACCUAUGAUGCAUGGAUGAGUCCCGAAACCCUUGCUAUCAUCUCGAAGAUUGCCGGGGUCGACUUGGUACCGGUUGGCGACUAUGAGAUCGCACACAUCAAUCUUUCCGUCAAGACUGAUGAGCAGACCAAAGAAGAGCUCGCUGUGAUCAACAAACAGAAGCGACUCUUUGCCGAUGAUGAAGGCAUUGGAGGAUGUCCGUGGGAGGACAACAAGCCUGUAGUCGGAUGGCACACUGACAGUUAUACCUUUGUUUGUGUCCUGAUGAUGAGCGAUUGCACAAACAUGGUCGGGGGUGAGACUGCUCUUCGUACGGCUACUGGAGACGUCAUCAAGGUCCGAGGCCCAACAGAAGGUUGUGCGGUGAUCUUGCAAGGUCGAUACAUCACCCACCAAGCACUUCGAGCCCUGGGUGCGAAGGAACGUAUCACAUCAGUCACGAGCUUCCGCCCACGUUCCGCCAUGUUGAAAGAUGAGUCCGUACUAGCGACUGUUCGACCGGUCUCGGACUUGUCAGGCCUCUACUAUGAUUUCGCGAACUUCCGUCUUGAGAUUCUCGAGGAACGUAUACGGAAAGAACGCGAGACGCUCGAAGCAAGCCGUAUUGCUCAAAAGAAGUUCGACACUCUUACGCACAAGAGGUUCAUCGCCGAUUCGAUCGCAUUCCUCGAGCACAACCAGAAAGAGAUCGUGGAAGAGGACAAAGUUGUUCCAGGAUUGGUCGAGGAGGUGGACUACCCAGACGUCGUAGUCAAUGGUGCCAAAGAAGCCCGGGCUGCGAAACGAGGUCGAGGUGGCAGGCCCUAG